UGGCUCAACUAUGUGUGGUACAGCUUGCUUAAGUAAAAAUAGAGGCACAUUGUCAUAUGAGGCCUUGUCAUUCUUGAGCGUUUCGACAUACAUUAGGAUAUCAGUUUCAUUUAUUUCUUGGAAUCUAUCAAAUGAGAUAUUAGAAGUUCUAGGAGGUAAAAAAUCAGUAAAACUAACUCUUUCAAUAUUGGGGGCCUGAUUUUGUAAUCUUGAUCCAACAUUUGCAAAAUGAAAGUUAAAUAGCUCAGGAUCAUUCUCAUUGAUAGUUUGACAAUUAGUUGUACCAGGGGUCAUAUUUGAUGCCAGUUUGAUAGUUUUCCAUAUCCCUUUAAGAUCAUUCUUGGCACUUUUAACUUGUAGAUCAUCGAUUACAUUAGCCUUUUUGCAGGUUUUAGCUAAUUUAUUUCUAAUAUUUCUCUGAAUCUUGUAGCAAUCCCAGGCCUCAUUACACUUUAUACAUUUGCUACAUGUACCACAUUCAUUGCAAUUUCCAUUGUCUCUCUUAUCCUUCUUUUUACGGAAUUUCUUUAGAAGAAAAUGUGUAUGAUUAAUGGCAUUUAAAAGUUCAGUAGAAGGUUUAUGUAUGAACUUUUCAUGCCUUUCUAUGGUCUUGCAAGGGAAGAAGGUUGCAUAUGCCUGUUCAAUAUGAUGACAAAGGCCAGCAGUGAUAGCUUCAACAUCUGUACUUUCCAAUAGUGGACUGUAAUCAGAACAGGUAUCUAGAUAGUCUAAGAAUUGUUUAACAUUACGUUUACAAUGAUUUCUAAUUUCAACCUUCUCAAAUUUAGGAGCUAUAGGUACUUUACAAUCUAUCUCACACAUAAUAGCUUGAUGAUCUCCUAUACGUUCAUCAAGAACAGAAGAUUGGACAAAAUCUGCAUAACAGUUAGUGAAUAUUACAUCAAUAGUAGUCUGGGUAAAAUUGUCUCCACGUUUAGCAACUCUAGUUAUCCCUUGAAUGGUUUGAACUAGAUUGUAACAUCUCAAGGUCAUAUCUAAUUUUUUGUACUGGGUGGAUGAGAUAUUAUUCUGGUCAAUGUUUAUAUCCCAAUCCAGAUAACCUUUUUCCCAUUCAAUUUUUUCAUGCAAAAAUGAAUGUAUUCAAUAAAGUUAUCAACACUGCAAUAAUUUCCAGAGCGAUAGAAGCAGCAAACAUUGAUCUUGCUAUUCUUAAGCUUCACCCAUAAUGCUUCAAUGUUAUCAAGCUUACUAUCCAUAACUAAUUCUGUGUAAGCUAGUUUUUUGUUUAUCAUUAAGCCACAACCACCCCUAGAACUGUUUGGCCUGUCGCAUCGCAUAAGGUUGAAGGAGGAAGGAAUAUUUAUGGUGUCUGUGUCAAUAGUAUCAUUAAGAUUCAUCUCAUUUAGGGAAAGUAUGUCUAAUUUAUGAUCUCUAAUAAGUUGGGAAAGUUCAUUACUUUUAGCUAAAUUGAGAAGCCCUCCUUGAAUGUUACAAUGACCAAUGCAGAGGUUGUGAAACCUAUCAGCUGCAUUAUUAAAAUUUGUCAUCUUGUGAAUCUUAUUAAUUCACAAUGGAAUGAAUAAAAGUUGUAAAGUUGUGUUUAAACUAAAAAACAGAAUAAAGGCAGGUUGUAUUUGUCUGGAUGUCGUACUGUAAAAAUAAAACUGAUGGUAGGAGUGUUAUGUCAGUAUUCAGCAGUAUUCUAAUGGUGUGCAUGAUACUUCAAGUGCCUUGCUAAUUUAACUAUGCCAUAAUCAUUGAGAUGGACAUUAUCCUCUCCAUAACUACUAAAAAAUGACGAUUUUCUAAAGCCUUUCUUAUCACUAAACAAGAAACGAUUUGUCUCGGUUGAGAGCAGUUUUACAUAGGUGUAUUUUCUUUGCAGAUUUGAUAUACACUCAUUGAUAUCAGUUAUAACCUUGUUUCUGGAAAAACUCUCCCGAGGUAAUAAGUUAACAAUUUUAAUAUCAGCUCCAGGUGCCCACUUGUGAAGGAAAAGUACAAGUUUUUCAAUACAAUUGUUUGUAAAGUCAAGAGCUCUAGCAUCACCAGAAAAACUAUCAGGGCACAGAAGUUUAGUCCUCAUGUUGCGAGGGCUGUUCAGGAUAGAGUCCACGUCAUUUGUACCACACAUAAGUACAAUGCUUUUCACAUUAUUGGUAUUGAGAGUGUCUUUUCUUACAUCUGAUUGAAACCGUUCAUUGAUUGCAUUGGCUGUGGCACCAGGGUAGCUGAAUACAUGUGCCUCAUGAUGUUUGGACGAUAGCUUUUCUCCCUCUAAUUUGGAGAACAUACUAGAGCUAAUGUAGACACACACAGAUUUACCAGAAUGUUCUAUUGAUCUAGUCUUAGGGACCGAGGGUUCAGUGUUCUUAACUUGACUGGAAACAUCAGACAGAGUAGAUAAGGUUGCGCUGCCAUCAAUUAGGCGCAGAGUAAUGCUUAUUCUCAUGGUUUCAGACUUGUCCUGGAUGAGGCUGUGUUCAAAGCUGGUCUGGGAUUGUCUGGUCAUAUUCAUUAUGUCACCAUGGGAGAGGGUGAGGUCAGCAAUAUGAGCUCUAAGUUUGGAUCUGAAGCUUAGGACUCUAGUAGCCCCUAAAGAGAUGGUGGAGAUCAUGGAGCCUGGUGAAAUUGACCUCUCGUCAUCCGAGUGAAAGGGAAUUCCUUGCUGACCAUUUCUAUACUUGGUAAUCAUAGCACUAUUGAAUUUCAACGUUGGGAACUGUGAGCGUAAGCGUUCUAAAAUAGACUUUAGGUAUGGAUUGUCUGCUACUGGCCUUGUGUUAUGAAAGCCUCCAUUGUAAGCGUAGGGAAAGUCCCCGUAAUAUGCAACUGCCCUAUUCUCAAACUUAUGAGUAUAGUGGGUUUCUAUAUCUAACUUGGCAGUGUCAACAAACUGAAAAACUCCUCGACUCAAAUCUUGGUAUGGAUUGAUAGAGUUGGUCACAUCAUUGUCACCAUUUACAGAGUGUUUGGGAUUUUCCAAAUUGAUAAUUUCUGCUGAAUGUUCACUGUCUUCUGCUAAUUUGGAUAGCUCUUGGGUUAACUCAGAAACAUGAUGCGAGGAUGACCUAUUACUGAGGGGAACAUUGAUAGAAUGUUCACAGUGAUCAGGUACCUGGGGCAACACAGGGAUAAGUGAACCAUCGCUGAGGGGAACUUUGAGUGCACUGUCACUUUCUGAUAAUUGUUUAUAGAGAAAAGAAAUUUGCCGACGAAGACUAUCAUUCUCUCUUAAUAGAGUUAAACAAUUUGAACAUUUAUCAGUAGGACAAGAGCCGUUGCUGGGGAAUUUAACAGAAUUCCCUCGAUAUCUCAGAUUGUAAUGUCUUGAGCCAACUGGUAUUCUAGACAUAGUUUAUCACAAAAAGAUGCUACUGUUCGAAAUUUAGUUAAUGAUUACAGUACCUUUGUAGCACUCCGGAGGAUAAGGAUAAGUGAUGUCUGAUAAUCUUUAGGUGAUAGAUGGGAGUAAACUGCUUUAAAAACCGAUGUCUGAUAGUCCUUAGGAUGUCUUUAAGAUAACUUUAUCGUGCAACAACCAUUUACAUGACAUACAACCUGUAAUGGUCGUUACAUUUACCGAGGCAUUAGUUCCCACUGGGGGUCCUCAAUAAAUGUAAUAGAUUUGUAGUGUUGUAAUUAGUUUAAAACUGAUAAGAGAGCUACAAUUUAGCAACGAAUGUAAAAGUGUAAGAUGUAAUAUAAUGAUAAUAUUCAUUAUUCUCCUCUCUCCUCACUCUUUCUUGAAGUGGGGGAUUGUCGAAGAGAGAUUCUCACAAUAUCUUUCAGAUCUGAGAUGAUAAAACCAUGGGAAAUAAGUGUGCUUGUCUAUGAUUAUCUAAAGAAAAAUGGUUACAACGAAACUUCUUUUUGUUUUAACAAUGAGUGUUCCAGCCUCAAACUGUCUGACCCUUUGCCAAAUAUAUUUUCUUGUGUUCUAGAAAAUCUCCUCUCAAAUGGGGAUUUAGAGUCCAGAUUAAAAUCAUAUGACGAAGCUCAGGAAAGAGGUCAAUCAGAAGCAGAGAAGCUGAAGGAAUUGGAGAAAGAAAUGUUACACAUACGGAAACGUUUGAAAAAAAGAAAAAGACAUUCCAGUGAGCGUGACUCCAAAAUAAAGCACAGAAAGACAACAUCAACACAAGAAAAUAACAACUCUCGGUUCUCUGUCUCCUCCCCUUGCAUUCCACCACUUAACACAUCCUUAUAUACUACAGAUACUCAGCUCACUACAUCAGGCUUUGAAAACUCUCUUAUGCAACAGACACAUCACAAUUCUUCAGUAAAAUUAAAUCCAUUGAUGUUCCCAGAACUAUCAUCAGUAAAGUCAGCUGAGAAGAGCUUGGGUGAUGAAAAGAAUGUUUCAGACAAUGUCUUAAGAACUCCUGAAAAGAGAUUGUCGACCUCGAGAAGAAAAGCUGCUACCCCAAAAAAGGGGGUAACAUCGGAUAUUCAGGGAUCUUUUGUUCAAACUUUGACAGAUAACAUUAAUGCCAAGAAUGAAAAGGCAGCACUGGACACACUCAACUCUGUGGAACCCUGGCUGGAGCAAUUCAUAUCUUCCUUGUCUCAAAAUCCUGAUCAGUCCGAGCUGACAAAUGAAGAUCUACCACAACCACGGUUAUGUAUCGACUACAAUAACAACGACAGUAAAAACGAAGAAGCUGCUCUAUCUUUACUUGCUCUCAAUCAGUCAGCCGAACUGGUACCAACAGCCACUCCUCCUGCAAUCAAACCCUCAGCUCUAGUUAUAACAUCUACUGCAACCUCAAACAUAUUACCGCAUCAAUUGAACUCUUCGCCGGUUACCUCAGCAGACUCACCCAGCCCUGCAGCUGUUUCCAUCACAAUUUCAGACAUUUCAUUUCCCCAACAAUCAGUAGCAUUAGCUCGUAUUGAAAACAGAACUGUUACGACGACUUCUCAAGCCAGUGUCCCGACAGCAGCUGAGUCAACGGCUCGUGACCAUAUCACUGGUGCUUUCCAACAAGCUGCCUCUCCCCUCAUUUCUGAUAAUACCAAUCCUACUCAUUGUGCAUCAUCAUCUCAACCAAACACAACUGAUGGUAAUUUGUCUUUUGAUCCUAUAUUGAUAAGAAAUCAGAAAACAUUCUCCAUGGCACAGAGAAACCCCAACAUGGAGAUUAUAGUGCUUCCUCCUAUUCACACUCAGUACCAACAUAUACUACCAAAACCGAGCCAGGCCCCAGAUCCAGUUCCCUCCUCAUUUCAUGUGUCCGGAGAUACAGUUGCUCCAAUCUACAACUUCGUCAAACCUAGCCCUCAGCAAGAAGCUCAGAAGUUCUUCGGUCAACUCCACCGACCGUAUCAUCAGCAGCUGAGUCAGAUAGAUCAACUAUAUCUUGUGGAUAGGUCUGAGAAGAUUGUCAAGGUGAACGCCCCUCAAACAUCAACGGAAACUGGCACAGAUUUGGAAUCAAAGAAGAUCAAGGACGCUGUGAAGGUUCCAGAUAAGCCUGAGUCACAACCGAAUACUAGUGUUGAUACAUCGGAACUAGAGUCUGCUGCAGGUUCUAACAGUGCAACGAUACCCAAAACUACUUUCGUUUCUUGGGAUCAAAAAAUCAGAAAAAGUAUAGCAGAAACGGAUUUCAAGACACCACCACCGCCAUCUGGUGUUAAAAAAAAGAAGAAAAGAAGGUCAAAGGAAAAGAGCGUGCAAAUCUCGGAAGUGCAUUCUCCCAGAGCUGGAAGUGACUUCCUAUUAGAUGUUGGUGUCCCAGGGGGUCCAAUACCAGUAGAGGUUCCAACGGAUAAAAAACGGAAAAAGAAACGACGGAAAUCUAAAAAAGAUGCCAGUGAAAAGCUUUCCAGCAAAAGCAAAAAGCUCUGCAGUAAAAUCAAAAAGAAGAAAAAGAAAAGAGAGAAAGAGAAGGAAUCACUCAAGAAGCCUCCGAUCACUCCAGAGUUUGUUAACGAGUCCCUAAGCUCUGAAGGAGAGGACUCUGUGAUUAGCACUCCUCGGUUUCGUCACAUGAGCGAGUCAGAUAGUGUUAUGGCAGAGAGUCUCCUCAAGUCUUUUAAUAAUUCUUCAAACCUUCCAAAAAGUCCCCAGAAUAGUUCCACUCCAGUUACUUCCAAAGUAGCUGUAUCUGCAGCAUUAUCUGUCAGACAGAAAAUUGCUGACACCAUCAUGCCGUCGUUUAUAGAAGAAAAUGCUAAUUCUAGUUUUGAUAUUGAUGAAGCAUCUCGACCUAAACCAGUUUUUAUCCCAGAAGGCUCCCAGAACUCUUGCUCUUGUCACAGUAAUCAUUACAAAGAUAAUCAGAAAGGAAAAUGCCCCAGCACCAAAACGUUCAGCUUCAAGGAUCAGGAAAAUAUCGACUCGCCCAAGAACUAUGACGAGAAUAAUAACUCAAUAACAGUGUCAAGUCUCUUCCCAACAAUUUCCUCAUCAUCAGUAAACAUGUCUCCAAAAGCAGAGAUAACGAACAGGACACUGUACAGGAACCAGAAAGAAGAUGAAGAGUCUGAAAACGAGCAAGAGGAAGCAGCGAGUGAUGACGAGGUCAGGGAGAAAACCACCAAACUCCCUCCUAUAUCCUCUCAAGACAAAGAUCUGCUUGACUCAUCUGAUGAGGAGCAACAUAUCAGUGCUACGAGCGAUGAACUUGGCCUCUUUUCUGCAAAAGACCUGUCUAAGUCUGUUGCUUUAUCAGAAUCUGAGGUAGAUUCUCCACUUAAGAAAUCCCCAGUCAAAAGUCCCAAGCUAAGGUUGAUACCACUCAUGAAGAAAGAGCGUUAUGUACCACCACUUAAACCUAGCGACUCUCGAAAGAAGGGUGUUAAAUCUAAAGAUAUACUGGUAGCUGCUGAACAUGAAGUUCAAGACAACGGCGAGGAAUUAGCAACAGAAUUAGAGGAAGCUGAACAUCUUCCUUCAUUUAUCGAAAUGGAGGAUGACAUAAACGAUUCCCAGGAACUUGUUAUCGAUGGAGACGAAGUUGCACCUCAAGCAGGGUGUCAUCCAGACAUCAGGUUGACAUCACGGUUGGAAUCUCGGACUCGUUUAAGUAUUUCCAAGGGUAAGGAUCGGCACCCAAAACUCCUGGAUAAAAGUGUCAGGAAAUCAGGUGAUUUGAACAGGAGUGCGGUUGAAAACAACAGGACCAAAGAAAACAGCCCCUCCGUUAUAGAGGACAGCUGUGACACCUGGUACCAAAACGUGGAGAACAAAAUGAAACUAAAGUCUAGUUUUACAUGUGAAAUCUGUCGAAAAUCGUUUCCUUCCUUGGCUGUUCUUACCGUACAUUCAGAGACAUGUUCCAAGAUGUACUUGAUCUGUUCUAAUUGUGGGAGGAAGUGUAGCAGUAAGAGUGGGCUCACUCUGCACAGGAAAACUUGUCUUAAUAUGUUGAAUUCUUCUAAAGCUAAGGAGAAGAGAAAAUCGUCCGGUGAGAAUAGUAAGAUCAAAAUCUCACCCAGCAACUCGAAAUCUGGAUCUCAGAAGAAGUCACUGAAAAAGAAAAAGUCGAAAGGAUACAUCGAUAAAGACAUCGACGAAUUUUUAGGAAAUCUCCGCUAUCAGUAAAUAAGCAAGAAUUCGAUCUCAUAUCAAGCUGCAGAAGGAUGUUCGAUUCGGAGAGAUUAGCAAUUGUUAUUACAUUUCAUUGGUCAUUAUUUGUUUGCAUUAAAAUAUUUCAUCGGCAUUCGGCAGUUACAUAAUUGCUAGAUUCUUUAUCAAGUUGGUUUGAUUAUAGUUAUACAUUAGUUAUAGAUCAGUGUCUUGAUUGCAAGUUCAGAAGAUUUCAUCACUUUAAUUUCAUCAUACGAAAAGAGACAGUUUCUUUAGAAAGUGGGCCCAAUUUGACGAUCCUUAGAUUAAUCUUUUGAAUUAAAUGGUUGAUUUUUAUUCAUUUUCCAUUUUGAUUAUUUCUCCUUGAACAACCCUUACAAGAAUUUCAGGUUUAGUUACUGAGUUUAUAGCCAAUUUCUCUCUGCUGUUGAAGUUUAAAUUGGCAAAUGUUAAGAAUAUAUUUGUUUUGCUGACAAUAAUUAUUGUACAUUUUUAAAUUUUUGUAUACAUAGCGAUCAAAACUACUGUAUCUAUUUGAUUAUGUGUUCUAAUUUUUACCUCUCUGAAUGUUCGGUAAGUCAUUACACCUGCUCACA